UUUAAAUUUUAUGAAUUCCGUUAUCGAUAAGAUGAUACAACAACGGAUAAACCAUUCAAAUACAAGUAGUCAAGUAGUCAAGUAUGAUGAUGACACUGAUUGUAGCUUUCUCGAUAUGUUAAUAGCAUCAUCUCAUAAAGAAAACUUUACGAAAAAAGAGAUUUGCGAUAAUGUUACAACGCUGAUAAUGGCUAGUAGUGAUACAACUGUUUUUACAACUUAUAUUGCGGUUUUUAUGUUGGCAAAUUUUCCAGAAAUACAGGAAAAUUAUAUAAGGAAAUGUUAGAUAUUUAUGGUCUGGAAACUCUAAAGAGUGCACCCAUUAAAUAUGAUGAUAUACAACGUAUGCAUUAUUUGGAUUGUAUUAUUAAAGAAACUUUGAGACUUUUCCCUGUUAUUCCUCUAAUUGGACGAAAAGUAAUGGAAAAUUUAAAAAUAGGAGAUCAUAUUUUGCCAAAAGGGACAGAUGUUAUUAUACCAAUUAUAUACUUACAUCGAAACGAAAAAUAUUGGCCAAACCCAUUAACAUUUGAUCCGGAUAGAUUUCUUCCAGACAAAAUAAAAGAUCGUCCCUCACAUUGCUAUAUACCUUUCGGUGAUGGUCCAAGAAAUUGUAUAGGUAUGAACUAUGGGAUGAUUGCUAUAAAAGUUAUUCUAGCUACUUUGGUACGAGCAUUUGUAUUCAAAGUAGAUAAAAGUAUAGACAUAAAAGAUAUAGAGUUAAAUGCGUAUAUAAUGUUAUCUACAAUUAAACCUUUAAAGGUUAAAAUAGAAAAACGAAAUCUACAACAGAUGCGUGAAAAUAUGUUAAACGCAAUAUAAAAUUUUCUGUAUAAUUUUUCAUUUUCAUCAGAUAUAUUGAAGCAUAGAGAUUGCAGCUUUAAAAUAGAUUUAUUAUAGCUAAAUUAGAUUGAAAUUGCACAGAUCGCAACGGAUUUUUUACCGAUUAUUCUCUAAUCAUAUAUGUAUAACAAUUCGCGUCAAUAAGUGAGAUAGGAUCCGUUAUCAAAAACGAAUACAAAACUAUAUGUAUUUAGCGCGAAAUUCAAAUUUUCUUUCAAAUAAUUUAUGUACAAAUCUCUUUAUAAUAAUAAUA